AUGCCUUCGAAUAGUUUUAUUCGUGCAUUAAGAUCAAUAAGAGACUUUAUAUUUAAGAGAUUUUUCGGAAGAAUAAUAAAAGCAUUAUUUGAAUGUUUAAUUACACUUCUAUUUAUACAAUUACCAGGAUUUUUUUAUUAUACAAUUACAUUCGGAAAACAUGACGAGAAAAAAGAAAAGCAAAUAAGAAUUCGAGCAAAAUUAACCCAUGAUUCAGAUCCGUCAUCACCAUAUAGAGCUAUGGAAGUACUUGAUGAACUUCAAAAUCAACCAGAAGUGGCAGUUACAACUCUAGCUGAUAUUCCUGAUUUAUGUUUACAACGUUAUACAGACAAAGAAACAAUGGGCGUCAGAGAAAUUAUUGAUGUCAACGAGGAAAAACAACCAAAUGGAAAAAUUUUCAAAAAGUUUUCAUUUGGUGAAUAUAAAUUUACAACAUAUCGAGAAGCUUGUUCACGUAUUGAUGCAAUUGGUCGUGGUUUAUUGUCCAUUGGUGUUAAACCAGGUGAUAAAGUUUUACUUUUUUCUGAAACACGUCCUGAAUGGUUAUUAAGUGCAUUUGCGGCAUUUCGACAUAGUUUAACUGUUGUUACACUUAUACCAACUUUAGAUGAAGAAGGAGUUAAACAUGGAAUUAAUGAAACAAAAGUUCAAACUAUUAUUACUUCACAAGAACUUUUUCCUAAACUUGAAAAAGUCUUAGAUCAAACAGACAAAGUUCGUCACAUUAUUUAUUUUCCUGCUCGUGCUAAACAAGAAGCAGCUAAAUCACCACCAGAGAAAAAAAAUAUUGAAUUUAUUCCAUUAGCUAAAUUUGAAGAACAGGGGAAGAAUGUAAAUAUUGAUGAAGAAAUUUUAAAAAAACGACCUAAGAAAGAAGAUAUCGCUGUUAUUAUGUACACUAGUGGAAGCACUGGACCACCAAAAGGAGCAUCCAUAAGACAUGGGAAUGUUGUUGCUGCAAUAACUGGACAAAAACAACGUGCUGCUCCACUGAUUGAUGUCGACAAUGAUAUCUUCAUAUGUUACCUACCAUUAGGUCAUAUAUUUGAGCUUUGUUGUGAAACUCUUAUGUUUUAUAUGGGCAUUAAAACUGGUUAUGGAUCUCCUCAGACAUUAACUGAUCAGUCAACAUCUGUUCAAAAAGGUCAGAAAGGAGAUUUACAAAGUCUUCAACCACAUUUAAUGAAUUGUGUACCGACCAUUCUUGAUCGUAUACAUCAAGCUGUUUAUGGAAAAAUAAAAGAAUCAAACUUUUUUCUACGUCAGAUAUUUAAUCUCCUUUAUACAAUAAAACUCAAACGUUUAGAAUAUGGUCUUCAAAGUCGAAUACUUGAUCUAUUGAUAUUUUCUCGUUUUAAUAAAAAAGCUCUUGGUGGUCGAGUGAAAGCAGUGAUGUCUGGUGGUGCUAUUUUAUCUGAAGACACUCAACGUUUUGCAGAAUGUGCACUUUGUGUGCAAGUUUUACAAGGUUAUGGUCUAACGGAAACAUGUGGUGGUGGAACUAUUGCUGAUCGUAACUAUUUAUUCAUUUUUUUUGUGGCUUAUUUAUUUCCUAAAUAUGAUUUAGAUUAUGAUAUAACCGUUGGUCGUGCAGGAUAUCCAAUAAUUUCAGCUGAAAUUCGUUUGAUCGAUUGGGAUGAAGGUCACUACAAAACUACCGAUAAACCAAAUCCACGAGGAGAAGUUCUUAUUGGUGGAAAAAUUGUUGCUGAUUCAUAUUUUGGUGAUGCAGCAAAAGAAAAUGACAAUUUUAAAGAAAUAGAAGGAACAAGAUAUUUUUUUACUGGUGAUAUUGGAGAAGUUCUUCCUGAUGGGACACUUAAGAUUAUCGAUCGUAAAAAAGACGUAGUUAAAAUACGUAAUGGAGAAUAUGUCUCAUUGGCAAAAGUUGAAAUGUCCCUAAAGAAAUUAUUAUUCAUUGAGAAUUGUUGUGUAUGUGCAUCAUCAAAAUCAGAACAUAUUGUUGCUUUAAUUGCUCCAAAUUCAAAAGAAGCCAUGAAAUAUGCAGAAAAACAUUAUGAUGAAAAAGAUUGGAAAAAAUUAGCUGACGAUGAAGAUUUUAAUGAUGAUAUACUUCGAAAAGUUAAAGAUGUUUGUAGAAAAGAUGGUAUUCAAAAUUUUGAAAUUCCAAAGAGGAUUAAAAUAGUUACAGAUUCUUGGACACCUGAUAGUGGCCUUGUCAAUGAUGCACUUAAAUUAAAACGAAAAGCAAUUGAUGAAAAAUAUAAAGAUGAAAUUAAACAACUUUAUGAAGAUAUAUCAAAUAAAGAUAGGAAGAAGGAUCAAUUAAAGAAGAAAAAAAGAUCAACAAAAGAUGAUGAUGAUGAUGAUGAUAAAAAAGAGCAAUAA